UUGUUUUAUCGGCAUCUGCUAACGGUCAAAUUCAGCGUUUUCGCGGUUGUUUCUCCCACUUGUAAUUCGAGGAGAGAGAAAGACUGUUUUUGUUUCUUUCGAGGUAAAGAAUCACCGCCCACCAUUCCCCAUCAAUGUAUUUCUUUUUUGUAAUUGUUUGCCCACCAACUGUUUGUUGAAUUACCCCAAUGAAUAAUAACAAAAUUACAAAGAAAUAAAAAGAUGGAGUUAUGCUUUAUAGUAUAAUAAUGGAGUUUUUUGGGUGAAGAAGAAGAACAAGAAGAAGAUAUUGCUGAAAUUAUGGUGAAAAAGGGACCCUGUUUUGCCCUUUAACUUCACCUACAUUACCAGCAAUCUUCAUUAAAUCUAUCCUCUUUAACCUUAACCCUAAAAAAUUUUCAAUCUUUUUUUGUCAAUUUUUGCAUUUUUUAUUUGUUUAGAGAAGUUGGGUACACCUAAUUUUGCUGCAUAAGUACUAGUUUCAACUACCCAGAUCUGGGUUAUGUUUUGCUACAUUUGUUGGAUUUUGUUCUUAAGAAAGAUCUGUUUCUUGUUACAUUGAAAUUCUUAUUUAAUUUUUUUUGAAGAUAAGGGUUUCUGUAUCUGGACCUAUAUGUCUUCCUAGGUGUCAGAUUAAUAAAAUAGAAAAAACCCCAUUUUGAUUUUGGGUUGAAUUGAAAAAACCAUUUUUAUUAUUGUUGAUCAUCUUCCUCCUUAUCUAUUUUGAUUAUCUGAUGAGCUUUUUAGGUAAAGGUGAUAUCUUUAGUAGUAAACCUUAUUAUUAUUAUUAUUAAGGUAAGAAGAAGCUCAAGUAAGCAACCUUUUGGGUGUCAACUAGGUGAAUGAAUGUCCACCUUAUUCUGUCCUUUUUAGACUAAAGAAGAGAGCGCGUGUAAUAGAGGAUACCACGGUAUACUUGUACUCGUAAUUGUAUUAUUGUACGAGUACACGAUAUAUAUGAGAAUUAGACACUUGUAUUAAAGUAAGCCGUAUCAUUAUUUGCAUAGAGAGGAGUGUUUAAACAAAAUACCUAUUUUGAUUGGAUUAGAUUGUUGAGAGGGUGGUCCAUUUUUUGGGUUUUGGUGGGCUCUAUCAAACCAAUAAAAACCCAUAUCUUGGAAGUGUGAGGUUUGAAGAUCCUCUUCCCAUUCACCCCAUUUAAUUUAUUUAAUUUUUUGUAAGAAAAAGUUAGGGGGGGUGUUGAGGAAGAAAGAGUAAGACCUUUCAUCAAAUUCUAUAAUUUAAUUUUUGGCUUAUAAUUGCUUUUGCCUCAAUUGGGUUCCUUGCUUUGGGUGUGUCCUUAUCUUUAAUACCUUGAAUUAGAUUAUUAUCCAUCAUUAUUAUUAUUACUAAAUACAAAUCAUUCUAAAUGCUUUUCUUGUUGGUGACUGGCAUCUCCUUCUUCUUCUUCUUUCUAAACUCCUUAUCUUUAAAACCACUUCCACCUUGGGCUAGUGAUGUGAGGUUUUUACCACUCUGCUUCUGGAAAGAGUUGUCUUUCUCUCCCAUUUGCAAAGCUCUUAGAAAAGGAAUUUUUGGUGUUUUUUGGGAUCUUCCAUUUUCAUCUAUUAUUAUGGCAAUAAAACAGGGCACUUUUAGCUCUAAAUUUGAGAAUGUUCAUGAAAAUGAGCAAUUAUCAGUCUUGGAUUUGCCUGAACUAGCAUUGGAUUGUAUUCUUGAGAAGCUUUCGCCUGCCGGGUUGUGUAGUAUGGCUGCUGUUUGUAGCUCAUUGAGGGAGAGAUGCAUCAGUGAUCACCUUUGGGAUAGACACAUGAAGCAUAAAUGGGGGAGGGUUUUAGGUCCUGCAGCUUCCCGCGAAUGGCAAUGGUUUAUUGCCUCUAGACGAAAUUCGAGUGUUUCUGCUGGGAAAAAAUCACAAGGCUUUAUGAAAUAUAUUUGGUAUGCAUGGCCUUUGACAUGGUUUGCAUCAAAAUUUGAUAAGUCUAAUAAUAAGGAUUCUGCUUCUCCUCUGGUUGAUACUGUUAUGUCCUGGUUUUUGGCUCUUGAAAGUGGCAAAUUCUGGUUCCCUGCCCAAGUUUACAACCGUGAGAAUGGUCAUUUUGGUUUUAUGCUGUCCUGCUAUGAUGCUGAGCUUAGCUAUGAUCCCCAAACAGACACGUUCCAGGCAAGAUAUCCGCCCCAUGGGAGAAGGGCAGUGGCGAUAGAGAGUGGUAUUCAAUGGGAAAGGCUAAGGGCAGCACCAGUGGAUACUCCACCACAUGAUCUUCAUGCAUCUGAUUGCUUAAAUGAUCUACACCCUGGAGAUCACAUAGAGAUCCAGUGGAGACGGAAUAAAGAAUUCCCUUACGGAUGGUGGUAUGGUGUGGUUGGCCACUUGGAGUCAUGUGAUGGAAAUGAGAAUUAUUGCCGAUGUCAUAGUAGCGUUUCAGCAUAUUCUAACAGAUGUGAGGUUUGCGUCCACUAUGUUCGGUUUAGUCAUUUGACACACUUCUUUGGUUGCAAGCAGACACUGUUGUGCUCGAGUUUAAUCAAUAUACACCUGGAUCACGGUGGAGAAGGACAAUUGUUAACAGGAAGGAUCACAGAGAAGAAGGAAAUGAAGGUGAUGGAUUUUAUGGAGGUAUAAGAAAGCUUCACACGAACGAUGAAAUUGCUACUUGGAAGAGUGUGUGGCCUAGGGAGAUUUUGGAGUAGUGAACAUAUCUUAGAAAAUUUGCUUUCCUCUAGGCGUCAGAUCAAAACAACCGAAGCAGCUCACAAGUAUGCUAACCAUAUCAGUAGUUGCUAUGAAUUUAUUUUUUAUGCUAUGCGAAAGCUGUGAGAACAUGCAGAAACAGGCUAGCAUUUACUGUGAUAAGUAUCAUCUUUUCAGCCUACAAUUUUAUUCCCACCAAAAUUUUUCAUGGAUGAGUUUAUAGGGGGGUAGCGAAUGGCUACUCUAGCAAACUUCAUUCCAUGCCGCAUUGCAUCUGUAUGGAUGCGAAUUUGAUGUACUAUAAAUAGCGACAUACCAUAAAUCUUUUGUAGCUAUCAGAACCUUUUACAGUGAUGAAUGAAUAACAGUUGUUAGUUUUAUCAUAC